AAGAAUUACAGAAUUAAUAAAUUUACUGUCGGCAGUGCAAAAAAUCCAUCCAGUCUCUCUCGAGCCUGGCAUGUGCUUGUAAAUCAAUAUAAUAGCAAAUGUACAUAAUAAUAGAUAAUAAAUAGUUAAUGAUUAGUGAAAACAAAUAGAGAUUUACAAUGAAGUACAUACUUGUUACUGGCGGAGUAAUUAGCGGUAUUGGGAAAGGAGUUAUUUCAAGUUCAUUUGGGACAAUAUUGAAAGAAUGUGGAAUACCUAUGACGUCUAUUAAAAUAGAUCCAUAUAUUAAUAUUGAUGCUGGUACAUUUUCACCAUAUGAACAUGGCGAAGUCUUCGUACUGGACGAUGGCGGUGAAGUUGACCUAGAUCUCGGCAAUUAUGAACGUUUUCUCGAUAUCACACUACACCGCGAUAAUAACAUAACGACUGGAAAAGUUUACCAACAUGUUAUCACCAAAGAACGCCGUGGCGAUUAUUUAGGAAAGACAGUUCAAGUGGUGCCUCACAUAACCGACUGUAUCCAAGAAUGGGUCGAACGCGUCGCCCAGAUCCCAGUAACCGAAGACAACAAUCCUCCCGAGGUCUGCGUGAUCGAACUAGGCGGUACCAUCGGUGACAUCGAGGGUAUGCCUUUCGUAGAAGCCUUCCGUCAGUUCCAGUUCCGUGUAAAAAAAGAAAACUUUUGCGUAGCACACGUGUCACUAGUACCCCAGCCACGAUCAACUGGCGAGCCCAAGACCAAACCGACCCAGGCCUCAGUCCGCGAGCUUCGUGGACUAGGUCUCUCCCCCGACUUGAUAGUCUGUCGUUCCGAGCAGCCAAUAGGUCCCUCAGUAAAAGACAAAAUUUCAAAUUUCUGUCACGUUGCCCCUGAGCAGGUCAUCACCAUCCACGAUCUCAGUUCCAUCUACCGCGUGCCUCUUCUAAUGGAGUCCCAAGGAGUAAUAGAAUUUCUGAUCACGCGUCUCCAACUGAAUCUUCCCAUCGGGCCCGAGCGUCCCCGCAGUUUUAUGCGAAAGUGGCGAGACCUAGCAGACAACUUCGACCACCUCCGUAAGUCAGUUAACAUCGCCCUCGUCGGCAAGUACACGAAGCUCGAGGAUGCGUAUGCCUCCGUAACGAAGGCCCUCCAGCAUGCGUCCCUCGAGGUCGGCUACAAAUUGAAUCUUAGAUACAUCGAGGCCGCGAAUCUUGAAACCGCGACCUUACAAGAGAAUCCUGUCCUCUAUCACGAGGCCUGGCAGCAGCUUUGCAAGUCCGACGGGGUCAUAGUUCCCGGCGGGUUUGGUAAGCGCGGGAUCGAGGGUAAAAUAUCUGCGUGCAAAUGGUGUCGGGUUAAUGGUAAACCCAUGCUAGGAAUUUGUCUAGGGUUACAAGUCGCGGUUAUUGAAUUCGCGAGGAAUGUUUUGGCAUGGGAGGGCGCCAACAGUACGGAGAUUGAUCCUGAGACUACCCAUCAGGUUAUUAUCGACAUGCCAGAGUACAAUGGGAGUGAGAAGGGAGGGACCAUGAGGUUAGGAAAGAGAUCAACUAAAUUCAAAGAGUGCACUUCGGUGGUCAAAGCUCUUUAUGGAAAUGUCGAAGCAGUUGAAGAGAGACACAGGCACAGGUACGAGGUCAACCCGGCGUUUGUAAAUGAUUUUGAAGCCGCGGGGUUGAAAUUUGUCGGUCAAGAUGACAGUGGACAGAGAAUGGAGAUAAUUGAAUUGGAUGGUCAUGAUUAUUAUGUCGCUACUCAGUAUCAUCCGGAAUAUUUGUCUAGGCCGAUGAAACCCUCAGCUCCAUUUUUGGGACUUAUUUUGGCAAGUGUUGGAAAGUUGAAGAGUUAUUUGGCGAGGGGCUGUAGACUUUCGCCACGAAAUUUGAGUGAUAAUGAUUUGAGUGAUGAAGAGGAUUUCGUAAAAAAUAGUAAAAUAAAGCAGGUUAAGUGAGGAGAGAGGAUAAAGAAAAAAGUAAAGGGAGGGGAGGAAGAGAGCGGAAGAUUUCCGGUUUUUUAAGUGAUUACCUGACCGUUGGUCUAAAGGCAAUUGAUCCAAACGAUAAUGCAUACAAUAUCAUGAGUUACACACGUUAAUAUUCCCGAAUAAAAUACCAGAUAAAUAUGUAAGCACAAAUGUGUGCAAUGGUAAUGUGCUCUUUCUUCAAAGGUUGUGAGCGUAAUUACAAUAGUAUGUUAACACACCCACGCUUACAAUGAUACUGAACAAAUUAUCCAGUGAACUCAAUUAA